UUUAAACAAAAAAUUGUUUUGUUUGUUUAUGGCUUUAAAAACAUGUGAUUGGUGCUGUUUCUGCGUUCUCUUCAUGUUAUAAAUCAUUUUCUUAAAGAGAAAACGCCUUAUCUUAAAAAUUUACCCUUCAGAAAACUUUGUGCAAAGCAGUUUUUGAAAAAUCUACUUAUUUUAUGUAUAUACGUUUAUAUUAUUACUCCUUUCGGUAAAAAUUGCUCUUGUUUCUGUAUUCAAAUUCACAAUGGAAAGGCAUAUUCUCAAAACAUCCUACGGAAUUGUCGAUGAAAAUUUGCAAUCCAUCGCAGAAGAUGCAAUAGAUUUCGCAAUGUUCAAAGGAAUCACAAUGAGGCCUCGAAAUUUAUCACAUGACACGAGAGUUCCCCUUCCUUUCUGCCUGGUUCCAUCCAAGUUUCCCUCAAGGUGGUUUUAUCUUGCUCGUGAACUACAGCCAUAUUUGAAUCAAGUUUUGCUUGACAUUGCCCAUUCAAGAGAUGUUCUCAAGGAAUGCUUAUCCAGCACCAUAGAAGUGGAUGAAUUUACCAGCAACAUUUAUAAGAUUUUUGAAGCUGUGGACCGCUUGGACAGAACAGAGCAAUCAAGCCUGGGUUUGCUACGUUCCGAUUACCUUCUGAACAUGGAUGACUCCGGGAAUGUAAUAGGUUUGAAGCAAGUGGAAAACAAUGCCAUUGCAGCCUCAUUUGGUGGGUUGGCACCUUCUGUAAGACAUUUGCAUGAGUUUGUGUUGGAAAAGCUUGGUCAGAAAGCUUUCCAUCAUCUGUUACCUGAGAAUGAAAGCGAUUAUGAAUUAGCCAGAGGAUUGAUUGCAGCUUGGGAUGUCUAUGACAAUCCGAGUUCCAUUAUCCUGUUUGUUGUAGAGGAAGUUACUUACAACAUUUGUGAUCAGCGAGCUCUAGAAUAUGCCAUUUUGGAUACGGAGAAAGAUGUAGAAAUUUUGAGAUGCACAUUCAAAGAUUUAAGGACUUCGGCCAUUUUAAGGGACGAGAAGCUUUUUGUGCAUGGUAAAGAAGUUGCUGUGGUAUAUUACCGUACAGGCUAUGUUCCAGAAGACUAUGAACCUAUAGACUGGGAAACUCGCUUCUUAAUGGAAAAAUCUCGUGCCAUCAAGUGUCCAUCUGCUGGUCUGCAUCUCGCAUGUUCAAAACGAGUUCAAGCAUUUCUGACUCGGGAGGGCAUUCUUGAGCGGUUUCUGCCUCAAGAUAUUGCAGAUCACGUGAGACAAGUUUUUGCAAAACAGUACUCUCUUGAAAUGACUGAGAAUGGAGAUCGAGCCAUAAAGUUGGGCCUAGAAAAUCCUGACAAGUAUGUUCUGAAGCCGGAAAGAGAUGGUGGUGGUAAUAACCUUUAUGGUGAAGAUGUGAAAACAACAUUGGACAGAAUCAAAUCCACAGAAGAGCGAAUGGCAUACAUUUUGAUGGAACGCAUCAAUCCACCCGCAAUCUCCAAUUGCAUAGUCCUUGGAGAUUGCAGUCCAGAAAUAGGAGGCAUUGUCUGUGAGCUCGGAGCUUUUGGAAUCAUUUUGGGAAGCAAAAAGAAAAUUUUCAAGAACAACUAUGGGGGCCAUCUUUUGAGAAGUAAAAGGAUAGAUUCUAAUGAAACCGGUGUAGCUGCUGGUUUUGGAGCUCUAGAUUCACCUUAUUUAGAAUGAAUCCCUCAUUUUUUUUUUUUUUUAGAUUUUUUAUAUUUGCCAUCUUGCUUCUUGUUAAUAAAAAGUAUAUUUUUCACUUUUUAUGAGCAAGCUUAAUCCAGUGUUAUAUGCUUCAAAAAUAAAAUAAAGUACAAACACUAAUGUUCAAAACUUUUUUUAUAGCAAAAUAUAGCUGCAUGUUACAAAAUUUUCGUAUAAAAGGAGAAACAGUGCAAGAAUUUGUUUUUUUUUUUUUUUUUGUUAAAACAAGCUCUUUUCGUAUACCCUUUGGCACGAAUGAGUAAUCCAGAGAAGUAGAUUAAGUAUAAUGUUCAAAAUAGAAAAAAUAACAGUAAGUAGAUGCUGAUCACUAAAUUAAUAUUGCACUCUUAAAUUUAGACAAUCUUACAAUUCAUAUUGUUCAAAACAAAAUACAAAUAUAAAUCUCAAUAUAAAAUUUCAAAUGCUGAACAUCAAUUUUCUUUUUUAAAAUCCUAUAACGUAAUAGUUGGAAAAUUUGAUAUGCAGUUAAGAAAAUCAAGAGUAUUUUAAAUUUAUUUUUCAAGUUUGAUUUAAGUUUACAGUAUAUCUACUAAGAACCUUAGAAAAAUACAUUUUGUACUGGUAUAGAAAGUAAGAGAAAAAAAAAAAACGCACAAGUAUCCAUAUAUAAUGGACAUAUAGGCUUCAAUUUUUGCUAAUGAAGAAAAAACCCAUGCGUGCUUGACAGCUGUGCCCAUUUCCCAAUAAAAAUCAAAGUUAUGUUAUUUCCUUAAUUUGCUAUAUAAAUGGAGGCAUA